AUGUCUGGCUAUAAUUACGGCGUGCCGGGGCCCGAGCAAACAUACAAUCCCCAGCAAUACCAACGAUCUCCACCAAGAAGACCUGUGGCACCAUACGCAAGACAGCCAGCGACAGCAUCACCGCCACCGUCUUACCGGAGCGACGGGGCCAAUGGCCCUUACGCAGCUUACAGCCCGUAUGCAUCUACCAAUCCGGAACAUGACCCUACAGUAGCGGGUGGCGAGAGACAUCCUCUGCCCAGUGUUCCGCAGCCCUCAGGGAAUGACGACGACUACUAUGGUGCUGGUCAAAUGUCACCGGUGCCUAGUAACCCUUUCACACACUCUUAUUCUGGUGACUCUGUUCCAGCAAGCACCCAGCAGAGUUUACACAGCGUCAGCACGGUAGGAUACGGCUACGGUCACGACCAAUCCAUGCCUGGAGGACGGACACCCUACCGAGGCGAUGGCUACGAUGAGUACAUGGACCCACGAAACAUCGCGGACGAUGGCGAGGACGGCUUUGACCUACCCCAAAGGCGACCGAGGAGCAGAUUUGGCAUGGCUGGAGCAGCAGGCGGCGCAGGCGCCGGUGCUGUUGGCCUAAAGGCGUUUUCCAACCAAGAUGCCAGCGGUAGCUAUGGUCCAGUCAACGGGGGAACGGCAGAUGCGGAGAAGAGCGAAUGGCUGAAUUCUCAGAGCACCGGAAAGAAGAAGCUGAAGUGGACUGUCGGCAUCAUCAUCGUCCUCGUCAUUCUGGGUGCCAUCGCAGGAGGAGUCGCCUAUGCUCUGCUUAAUAACGACUCCGACUCCGACUCGAACUCAUCCAACGGCGGCGGUCGUGGUUCUUCCAGCGCUGCUGAUGGCGUCUGGGACAAGGAUUCCCCGCAAGUGCAGGCCGUGAUGAACAACAAGAACUUGCACAAGGUCUUCCCCGCCAUGGAUUAUACUCCCUGGAACGCGCAGUACCCAGCUUGCCUCUCCAACAUGCCAUAUCAAAAUGACGUGACGGUUGACGUUGCGGUUCUGGCGCAAUUGACACCAGCCAUCCGUCUCUACGGGACCGACUGCAAGCAAACGGAGCAAGUGCUGAAGGGAAUCGAUCUUCUGGGGCUCACCGACACUCUUAAAGUCUGGCUUGGGGUGUACAUAGGCGAUAACUCGACCACAAACAACCGCCAGCUGGAGCAGAUGUACUCCAUUCUUGACGACUAUCCCUCCUCGCACUUUGCCGGCGUCAUCGUCGGCAACGAAGUCCUCUAUGCGGAAACCGUCACCAUCACCGAGCUUGGUAAUCAAAUCAGUAAAGUCCGUCAAGGCCUCGCCAAACGCAAUAUCGACUUACCGGUGGCGACCGCCGACUUGGGCGACAACUGGACCGCCGGUCUAGCAGCAGACUCUGACAUCGUCAUGGCCAACGUCCACCCUUUCUUCGCUGGCGUGACGCCCGAUAAAGCGCCCGCUUGGACCUGGACCUUUUGGAAGGAGCACGAUGUUGUGCUCAAGUCGAAUUCUGGCGGGAAUUGGCCUGCUAAUAUUAUCAGUGAGACGGGCUGGCCGACAGAAGGCGGGAAUGACUGCGGGACGGGCGCGAAGUGCACUUCGAAGACAGCGGGCGCGGUGGCAGGCAUUGAUGAGCUGAACACCUUCAUGGAAGGGUGGGUGUGUCAGAGCAUGUCGAAUACGACGUACUUUUGGUUCGAAGCAUUUGACGAGCCUUGGAAGGAAGUCUUCAACGACAAGAAGACUGGUGACUUUUGGGAGCCGCACUGGGGUCUUUUUGAUGUUGAUCGGAAUUUGAAGAAGGGCGUGAAGAUUCCGGAUUGUGGUGGCAAGACGCUUGAUACGCCGUAUUGA